GUCAGUUAGUCAGUAUCGUUCCAGCACGCACAGGAGGCGGACGUGACGUUUUGCAGUCGUCAGUCGAAGUCACCAUCGAAGUCGCAGUUGACAAAAUCCCCCCGAAAUCAUCAAGGCAUCGAUAAGGCCUAUCAAGACCACCUGGACAUCUUCCGCACCCGCAACCAAAUCCAAAACUAACUCUCAUCCAUAAAACAUGCGACACCUGGCGAUUGACAACAGUCGUGGAGGCAACUGAGGCAAACUCAAACAGUUGACACAAAUAUAGAACAAACACGGCCGAACUCGUACCCCCAAAAAGCAACCCCGAGGAGCAGCCCUUCUCCCCGCUGUCGCCUAAGCAAACAAACGAACGCAAUCACCUUGAAAACGGGCGUUGGGUGAAAGGACAACAACAGAGGACGGAGAACAGAGGAGAAGUCUGUGCCGUGUGCUGUGUGUGGGGGAAUCAACAAGUCGUAAAUCAGCGUAGUUCCGCAUCCCGCAAUGGCUCGACGCAAGGACAAGCCGCGUUUGAUACCCGAGCAGGACAAGCGCAUCUGUCGCGCUAUUUGCCUGUGCCAGUUGACCAUGGUGCUGUCCUGCGUGUCCAUUGUCUACCUCAGCGUGGCCAUCUACUCGCCGUCCCUCAAAGCCUUCAAGUCCGGCUUCGAGCUGGAUCCGGUGAUGUGUCAAACUGUAGACCGUCAGAUGCCCAACAAUUGUCCUUGGGCCUCGUGUGGCGAAUGGUGCUUGACGCGCACCAGCGGCUUCUGUCCCCAAAUCCAUUCGGUGGUGCGUCGCAAUGGCACUGACAUUCAGCUCAACAACUGCACCCGGGUGACCAACACCUCUUGUGCCAUGAUUGACCUGAAUCGCCUCAACAAGUUCAACUGCAACAAUGGCACCGUCUGCAACAACAUUCGCGGUGUCUUCAACUGCUCCAAUGGUCACUGCAAGAACAUGUCCGAGUUCUUUUUGUGCCACCACAAACCCGAUGGUCCGACGAUAAAUUCAGCCAAGGACAACACGAAGCUGAACGGGUUCUUUGAGUGCCACGGAGUGCACUGCACCAAGAUCCGACGUCCCUUCAGCUGUGAUCGCUACUGCUCCCGCAUCACCACAGCUAACAUCAACACACUCAUCAUGCAUGAGGACAAUGUGAUUGCUGCGGACUGCGAGAACGCGGUGGCUUUCAACGAGGCACGCGGCAAGGAGCAUGGCGUGCGCAUUGAGCCCACGGAGUUUUGGAAGGAGGACGACGGCAAUCUCUUGACCAACUGCGCCACAGUCACUGUGAGCAAAACCGACAAUCGCAUCACCGCCACAGAUUGUCUGAAUGGCACCUUGCUGGAGCAUGACACUUUGCCCGCUCCGUUCAUGAACUUUACACAAUUCUGGGCCAUCUAUGACAACAGCACACGCUCCGUGGAUCCCGAGCAAAAGUUUCUGCCCAACCAGGCCAACCUCACCAUAUACGGCUGGAAGAAGCUGUUCAUCAAUCUAGAGGGUUGUGUCAAUACGCUGCGCGGCGAGUGCAAGGACUUUGUGGCACGCUAUGGCAGCGAUGGCGACAACAACACCGCCCAGUCACGCUACCAAUGCUACUACAAUAAGGAUACCAAUGUGGAAUUUGUGGUCGCACGCUACGAUCUGGAUAAGGUGUAUCGCGAGCUGCUCGUCUCGUUGAUUGUGCCCAUUGUGCUCUUUGUGGUUUCAUCCAUAUCGCUGUGUGUCAUCACCAAGUCUGUUAAGGUGGGUGACGAUGCCAAAAUGCGUUGUGUGUGUGCUGGAGAUGAUUCCGAUGACGAUGUGUUUGGCAAUGUCAGCUCAAAGCAGCAGCCAGAUAAUAUCUACGAUACGGACGACGAUGUCGUUGACUUGGAGCAGCAAUCAGUGGCAGCGGGUGGGAUAGAUCCAAUGCCGGAUACACAUGAAAUGGUUGGCAGCACCAAAUCGUUAAUACCGCUAAGUCCAGCAGGAGAUUCGGGCACAAGUGACCAGCAUUUUGUGCAGGACGAGGAGGAUGAGAAGGCGGUCAAGUGUGAUGUGCCAGAGAAGCCGCUGGUCAUACUAUAAUAGGCGGGACUCUAUAUACUAGGGAAGACUCUAUCAAUCUUUAUGGACCUGUGCAUUGUACAAUGGGAACUGAAUUUAAUUUCUACUCAGCGCUGUUUACCUCCGCAUUUAUACAAUGGAUCUACAGAUACAGAUAACAGAUACUAUACAGUAUAUAUUUAGAGAACAACGACACCAAGUUUCAUUAUUAUUCUUAGCUCACAUCUGCUUUCACUUUCCCAAAUAGUGGUACAUAUACAUAUAUUUUUAGACCUUAGUCAAUGUAACUCUCAAGAGCUUUAUUAACCAAAAAUGAUCACAUAUAGACAAAUAGGCGACGACGAUAUCUGGUUCAGUAGCUGUGCCUUUGCAUUGCAGAUGAGUUUGCAUUUACACCAAGAAUUUAACUACACCCAAGAACCAACGAUAAUCUCACCUGGAACUCGAUGGUCCCAGCUGCUGAACUAGAUAGCGAAUACGACUUGCCCAAAGGAAACUGCACCAAAGAAUUUGGGCAAAAGCAUUUACUAGACAAAUCAAAUCAAGACGAGAAGAGAAGAGAAAAGAUCAACCAAAAAUCCCAUCACUUCGCAUGACACAACUCUGCCUUGAUCGUUCGAUUUAGUAGCUAUGCAAUAUACAAAAGGAUACUGGAUUUAGUUUAGUUGAUCUAUGCAAAUAUAUACACAUAAAAUACCUUUAUAUACUACUAUAUAAACAUAUACCAUAUAGAGAAAACACGGUGAAAACGGGUCAGGUCGGAAAACACCUCAUAGCAAGCUUCACUUUCUACACUAUGAAUCUGUUUAUAGAUAUAGUUCAUAUGCAUACAUAUAUAUAUAACGUAUAAAAAUAUUAUAUACUUAUUAUAUACACGAAUGUAAGACCCAAUAUUUAACGAAUAAAGCAUUUGGCAUCUCA